GCGCUGGCGGAGGCGUCGGCGGCGCUGCCGAGCGAGGCGGUCGCCGCUGCUCUCAUCGCCGCCACGCGGCUCGCCGCGUGGCUGCUGCUCCCUCGCCGUCGCAGAACGGACGAGGCGGGUGGCGGCAGCGGCGGAGGCGAGAGGGAGGGCGACGGCGACGGCGAUGGCGAGGGGAAGGGCAAGGGCGGGGCCACGGCGGCGGUGUCGCCGGAGCGCGGCGUCUGGCACGUCGUCGAGGUGUUCGGUUUGGACCACUUUGGCGUCGCGGCGCCGUCGCUGCUGGCGGACCGCGCCGCGCGCGACCUCUUCUGGCAGUCUCACCUCCGCUGGCUCGCGCAGCUCGACGUUUGGCACGCGUGCCUGUGA